ACGAGCCAUCUAGCCAACCAGUUUAGCCGAACCCACUUUACAUUAACAACAAACAGGCUGCAAACGCAUGCAAACAAGUAGCUGCCGUGUUUACAUCUGUCUUUCGGUCACACGGGUCAGCCUUUACUCGCUGCAAACCUCCAGGAAGAAUCGCCCAUGAGAGUCAGUCGCUACUCUAUGUACGAUGAACACUGAGGACAAGUUGGAGGGCAUGCUGUUUAAGUGCAGCAGCGGCGGGAUAGACAGCGGAGGGAGAGUCGGCCUGGUGAUGACGCUGGGGGAACGAUCUCUGGCAGACCACCCGUUGUUGGCGGAAGACGAUGACGAUGAGGACGAAGAUGAGAACUUGACCGUGAGCUCGCUGGUGACUCACGACCUGGUACCUCCCGAGCAGCUGAUGAUGCAGGAGAUGUCCAAGAACAGUGGCGGAGGUGAUGAAGAGGGAGGAGGAGAGGUGGGAGUGCAUUUCCCCCUGAAGCUCACCCAUAAAUUGCCCUGCUUGCCUCUGAGCAUUAAGCAAGAAUUAAAACUGACCGAGCACCCACUGCAGAUGAAGAAGGACAAAAAAGCAGUCAAGGACCUCAUAGUGUGUCCCAAGAAGAAGAAAAGGAAACAGCGAUCACCAGCAAAGAUUCUAAGCAUUAACGAGGACGGUUCAUUUGGCAUCCAAAGCCCCAAGUGCCAUGUUUGUAUUCACUGUAAUGCAGCAUUCCGAACCAACUACCAUCUACAGAGGCAUGUCUUCAUUCACACAGGUGAGAAACCAUUUCAGUGCAGCCAGUGCGACAUGCGCUUCAUUCAGAAAUACCUUCUCCAGAGACAUGAGAAAAUCCACACCGGUGAGAAGCCUUUCCGCUGUGAUGAGUGCGGUAUGAAGUUCAUCCAGAAAUACCACAUGGAGAGACACAAACGGACACACAGUGGAGAGAAGCCCUACCAAUGCGACUACUGUCACCAGUACUUCUCCAGAACUGAUCGCGUCUUGAAGCACCGAAGGAUGUGCCACGAAAACCGAGAGAGAAAGAGCAACAAGGCCGCCAAUAAAAGUGGAGCACUGCACGAAGCAGACGCCUUAAGCCCCUUUCUCACCAAAGAGUGCGCGUUACCCAAGAAGAAGCGACAAAAGUGCGCCGACAAGUCGGACAGUUCCUGUUCGUCCGCCGCCGGCCAAGCGGACGAGCUCGCUGCCGCUGUGAAAGAAACUGAAGUGAAAGAGGAAGAGAGACUCCAUAAAAGUGAAGCUCUGCCUCUUUUUGCCCUGUCCUCCAAAGUCAAACACGAGUAUGUGAUGGGGGACUACUCUGUGGAGCUUCCGGAAGAAACCGCCGGCCAACACCGAGAUGACGAGGAGGCGGCGACCCCGAAACUAGUCCUGAAGAAGGUAUCCAAGAGGAGGUUUAAACAGUCGGGCGAACAAGCUCCUUGCUUGGCCACGCUGUCCUCAUUUGAGGAAAACAACAAAGUCACCCAUUAUACCUUUGAAAUCGUGGACAAGCAAAGCCUUUUAGAUGAAGUGAGCAACGCGGCGGAAACUCCAGCGAAGCCCGCGACGAGUAGCACCAACUACGACGAUGCCAUGCAGUUCCUCAAGAAGAAACGCUACCUUCAAGCGGCCGUGGCCAACAACAGUCGCGAUUACAGCCUGAACGCGAGCGGCAUCUCGUCUCAGCCUACCGUCACUCAAACGGCGGUGUCGGCCGUCAUCGACGAAACGGUCCCGGCCACCAUUCUGGAACCUCAGCCUAUUAACCCGGAGAUGAAGGCGAUUCAUGAGCGGAACGUGUUGCCGGAUGAGGUUCUUCAGACCCUGUUGGACCACUACUCCAACAAAGCGAACGGCCAGUCGGAAAUCUCCUUCAGCGUCGCCGAUACGGAGGUGACCUCAAGCAUAUCCAUUAAUUCCUCGGAUGUUUCGGACGGCAGCCCCGCCGAGAGCCUCGGCGCCGCCGGUGCUCAGACUCAGCCAUCGACGGAGAAGGCCAAUCUCUUGCAAGAAUAUUCCAAAUUCCUCCAGCAAGCUUUGGAGAGGACCAGUCAGAACGACAGCUACCUGACGAGCCAGAGCCUCAGCCUGGUCACGGAAAACCCGACCUUAGCGGGGCAGCCGCUGUUCUCCACCGAGAAACAGUUUCCGUCCCCUAGUCGGUUCAAAUCGGGGACGAGCUCCCCAUUGAGAUCCGCUAUGGAGAAACCUCACUUUGGACUACUGGUGGGGGACUCUCAGCACUCGUUUUCGUUUUCAGGUGAUGAAACCACUCCCCCUUCCACGGUGUCCCCCUCUGACGAGGACUUCCUCGAACAGGUGUCACCUCCCAAAAAGACGGACUCCCCCCAAGCGAUACUGCAGACGUUUCAGAUUAGCACCUUCGAUCCCAACUUCAAGUCUCAUUUCCAGACCUCGAGAUCUGGUUCCUCGUCACAGUUUACAGGUGCCAAUGGACAAGUAAGUCUCCGGGGGCACAGCACGGACUUCUCAGAGUUCCCUUUAGUUCGAGUCGCCGAGAGCAGGUCCCAGUUGAACUCGUCCCCAGACGUUUCAUCAAGUGAAACCUUUGGUUGAGGAGUAACGCGUGGUGCGAUUCCUACAUGAAUAAUUUCUGCAGCACUUUAUCCCAUUUCACCUGCUUUGCCAAAGCACAUCUCAUUGCGUUUGUAUACGUUUCUUUAGGCAUUUUGGUAAAACAUUACAAAAAAAAAACUUUUAAUGCAGUUGAGCUCUUAUUAUAGUGGGUAAAUAUGGAACAAUUGGCAGUACCCCUUUAAAAACGUUUGAAUUUGCAUUGAGAGAUUAGGCGUUCAAAGCUUAAAGGGGAAGUCAACCCCAAAAUUUUCUUUACAUUAUGAUGUUCGAUGCAGCCCCGCUCAUCUAAACACGGCAUUCUGAUUAAUAUUGCGUUGGUGGAAUAUGAGUUAAGCAGUCCAGUUCAUUUGUUCAUCCUAGGGGGCGGCCAUUUUGCCCCUUGCUGUCGAUUGAAAAUGACAUCACGGUUGCUCAGGUGACAACCAAUCAUGGUUCAGCUUCAGAAAACUGUUGACCUGUGAUUGGUUGUUACCUGAGCACCUGUGAUGUCAUUUUCAGUCACCCGCAAGUGGCUAAGUGGGUCGCACCCGAAGAUGGACAAAUGGAUUUUACUGCUUAACUCAUAUUCCACUAACGUAGUUUUAAUCAGAAUGCCGCGUGUAGACUAGCGCAUAGAACAUAUCGUCAAGAAACUUUUGGGGUUGAUUUCCCAUUGUAAUAUGAGUAAAAAUUUUAUGCCAUAUUGGUAUACAUGUUUAUGUUUUUGUCACUUUGUGCUUGCACACCCUUAAAACAGUCUUGUUUUCUCGUUAGCUACCUACCCUAGUUGAUCAUUGAUGAAACAGUGAAGAUAAGUUUUUUUUUGUUUUUUUUUUUAAUCCAGCUGUUCAACUGCUCACUCGUUGCCUCCUGAGAUGACAACACCAUCGCGUUAAUGUCGUGUCAAUGAUUUUUAAUUUUGCCACUUUACCUUUGCUUGAAAUGCAUGCCUCGUGGUGUGCACUGAAUGGAAAACAUUUGACAGGACUGAAGGAUUAGGUAUCCAAUCUGAAAUCUUGUUGCAUUUUUUUGGGGGGUGGGGGGUUGAAUUUCAUGUGAAAACAGUUUGCCCACCUGUACAUUUUUUUUCGUCAUUGCCUGCAUCAAACUGAGGUCCCUUACUCCCACAUGAAUUCGAUGUCCUGUGGGUCGCCCAAUCUUCCUAAACGCAAUUUGUAGUGAAAUGACUUAAAAGGAUUGUGCUUGGCGUCGGCACAAUUUGCACAUUUUUCACUACAAAAAGAAUGUAGUACUUUUGUAUCACAGUGUCCAAAAAAAAAAAAAAAAAAUCCUGUAAUUAAGAACACGUUUUUUUUUUUUGUGUGUGUGUGUGUGUGUGAAGCAUCAUCAAAUAUUUCGAAUGGAGACGAAUCUCGUGUUUGGGGAAACAAACCAUGUGAUGGAAAUCCCUUGUGUUGAGGUCAUACAUUGAAACGAGGCAAAGUAUAUAUACGCAGCGCACAAGUAAAGAAUAUUGAUGUUUGAACACGCAGAAGUCUGUUUUGACCCGACUUUGCCGAAACGAUGUGAUUUGAAAUCGGUUUGAGUGACUUUUCCUCGAAAGAGUUGUUGAGUGACGCUUAAGGUGCUAUUAGGUGUUAAACACUGACCUUUUAUGCCAUCAUAUUAAGUUCCAUUGACAAUCAGGGACAGACGGCACCAACAAUAAUCAUCAGAUAUUUUAUUUUUUUCCCCCCCUUUAACAUUCCCUUUUAUACAAGUAUAUCCUGUAAAUACGUUGUUUCUGUUUUUGCCUGUGCUGAGUACCCCCUUAUAGCUACGCGUUGCUAGAGAGAUGGCUUGUGCAAGACUGUUGUUUCCUUCGAGAAGCAUAUUAUUUGUUUUGCAACAUUGAUUAGGUUUGACAACAAAUCACUUUCCUUUUGAGAUUUGUAUAUAAAGGAUGUAAUCAGUGAUAUCAGAGGAAGGUCUUUUCUGUACAGUGCGUUGAUGACGGGUUAAGGUGAAUUUCAAUGAUUAUUCUUGUAAUUUAAUGCAGUGGGGUUUGGACAUCUUGGUGGCUUUUACUCUACACUCUCCCUCAUAAAAGACAAAGCACUAAAACCUGCUUGACAUUUUUUGGUUGUAAAUGGCCUUCGUAGGUGACUUUUAAGCACAGUGGAGAUGAACAAUUCUUGUCCUGGCU